GGCAUGAUUUUCUGGUUCUUCUGCUGUUAUUGUUGCUAUUAUUGAUUGAAUCAAUCGCCCGUCAUUGUCUAUCGCCUACACGCGUCAUCGCCCGUCGAGCUACUUUUCUCUCUCCCGCAUCCGCCCAGUCCACAAUCCCAACAUGGGUCCUGCUCUGCUCUGCUCCAGUUCGCUGGCAGCUCGGUCGAUCCUGUCGUUCUUUCUUCCUUGACAGCCUAGCAGUCUGUCUUUCUCGUCUUCUUCCCCUUUUUGCUUCUUUUUAACCGUUCCCUUCGGUGUUGCUCUUUUCCGAGGGAAGGAAGUAACACAUAAUCCCUGUCGCCUCUUUAUCCACAAGGAUGAUGGUUGCCCCCCUCUCUUUUUUUUCUUUAUUAUAUCAUAUAUGAUUUGGACCCUGGUUUCUUUCCAGACAACGCACUGCUAUAAUCCCAGUGUGUCCUGUGCUUUUCUCAAGCCCGCUUUGCUGACUAUUACUGUUUGCUCUGGACUGUAUAGGAAUGAAUGCCUCCCUCGACCACCCCCGGAUAGUUCACUACCUCCAAAAUGAAUCCCCGCCGUUCACGUCGCCGUAUCUUUUUGAUAUCGACCGUUCUUAGCCUCUUCAUGCUCUACCAGCUACUGCACCUGGGAUUACUCGGAUCACAACGACAAACGCUCCAGGUGCAGGAAUCUGCCGGAAGUAUAAUAAAAGACCCGGUUCGGAAAGAAGAUGACGACAUACCACAUCCUGUUUGUCCCCCUCUCCCGGGAAUGGAAGAUGUCCUUGUCGUAAUGAAAACCGGCGUCACGGAAGCAUAUGAGAAGGUCCCCAUCCACCUCAAUACGACCCUCCGCUGUAUCCCAAAUUAUGUGAUAUUCUCCGAUUUCGAGGAGGACAUCGACGGCGUACGCAUUCACGAUGCAUUCCGCCAUUUGGACCCGGAAGUCAAGCGUCAGGUUCCGGAUUUCGAUCUCUACAACCGCCUGCAGCAGAUGGGCCGGGAGGGGCUGAAAAUGCAGGAUUUCCAGGACGAGGCCAACUCGGCUGUUGGCAAGCCCAAUAACCCUGGAUGGAAAUUGGACAAGUGGAAGUUUCUCCCCAUGGUGAAGGAGACGCUGCAGUACAAGGAGGACGCCAAGUGGUAUUUUUUCAUGGAAGCCGAUACCUAUCCCGUGUGGCCGAACCUGCUCGCAUGGUUGUCCAAGUUCAAUCCGGACCAGCCACAUUAUAUCGGAACCGAGACACAGAUUGGAGAUGUGAUAUUCGCCCACGGCGGAUCCGGAUUUGUGAUUUCAAACCCGGCUCUGCGACGCGCCGUUGGUGCCUAUGUCGCUGAUCCCGUGGGCAUCAACACCUACACGGAUUUCCAUUGGGCCGGCGAUUGUGUGCUGGGUAAAGUGCUGUUUGAUGUGGGUGUGCCGCUACGCUUCUCCUGGCCACUUCUCCAAAACUCAAACCUGGGCGAGCUGGACGAGUUCACACAGGAUUUCUACCGACGACCCUGGUGUUUCCCCGCAGUGGCACUACAUCACUUGUCUCCGGCUGAUAUUCGAAGCCUGUGGGUCUUUGAACAGCGUCGAUUGAAUGUAUCAGACAAGCACAACAACAUGAUUCUUCACAAAGACAUCUUCACCGGACUCAUCCAACCAUCUCUCUCCUCCACCCCACGAGAAAACUGGGACAACUUCUCUCCCGAGCCACGUGCUGCCGCCGUUGCCUCGGCCGAUGACUGCCACAGCUUUUGCCUGCAGCAUCCGGAGUGCGUGCAGUACUCUUUCAAGCAUGGGUUAAAGAGAUGCUUUACUUCGAAAACCCCGAGAUUGGGGGUUAAAAGUGCGGGUUCCGAACGCAUAACGUCCGGAUGGAUGCUGAAUCGUGUCCAACAGAUGGUCCGUGAGGCCGGGGUGUGUGAAAAGGUGGAUUUUGGGAUAUGAUUAGUUUGGUAUGUUUUGAUUACAUUGUUUCUGGCAAAGGAAAAGCAUUCUCUCUUCGUAUCGUUUACCUAGGGUGUAGUUCUUGGUCUUCAAUGGGUUUAUUUCGUGGAAUGGCGUUUGGGGGUGGGAAAUAGAGAAACCGAUGGGCUAUGGAGCAGAGUGGAAUAAAUGGAUUUCUUUUACCAAGCACGGGAUGAAACGAGUUGAUACAGUAUAAUAUAAUAAGUAAUACUAUUAUUGCCUGGAUUCUCUGGAGUAAUAAUGAAUGCGUCAACGAAUAGAUCAAGUCGCAUGAUGGCAGGAAAGUGAGCAGUUUAGAGUUACCGUUAGACCAAUCUAUAAUUCCCG